AUGGAUGCUGAUGGGCCAUAUGAAUGCAGGAACGUUCCGAUCUGCGUCUGCUCACCACGAGCCGCGCCGGGAUGGCCGAAAUUUCCAGGCACAAUCGAGCGAUCCUACCACUCUCCCCGUUUGUUCCAGUCCCCCACUCCAAUCUGCUGCAAAACCCUCAUCGUGCCUGCAACCAGCGAUCAAGCCGAUCUUCGCCAUGCCGUCCGCCCCCGGCCGCCGCAAGCCGUCGCGGUCCUCCUCUGCCAUCGUCGCGGACAAGGAACGCGGGCGCCACGAGCUCAGGAUCGACGCCGGUACCCUCGACGCCGCCGCGCCCGCCGGAGAAAGGGGGCUUCUGGCUUCCUCCCCCUUCACCGUGGGAGGACACCGCUGGCGCGUCCGGUACUACCCCAACGGGACCGACGCGGAGAGCAAGGGGUGGGUGUCCAUCUUCCUCUUCCUCGACGAGGACGUCGCCGAGCCGGUGACGGCGCGGUUCCGGCUCAGCCUCGUGACGGAGGUGCGGGCGCUGUUCUGCAUCAAGUGCAAGGCCGAAUUGCUUUCAAAGCCCGAAGCGCAGUACAACUUCACGAGCAGGGGUACUUGGGGGUACUCCAAGUUCGAGCAAAGACAGACCUGCGUCGCCGCGAGGUCGAUCGAUUCAGCAUCAGGUGCGACAUCGUCGUCCUCAACGGGUUCCGCACGAAGGAGGAGGCGCCGUCGGCCGCCAUUCCCCCGUCCGACCUGCAAAAGCACCUCGGCGACCUCCUGCAGAGCGGAAGGGGCACGGACGUGGUGUUCGAGGUCGGUGGCGAGGCGUUCGCCGCGCACCGGUGCGUGCUCGCGGCCCGGUCGCCGGUCAUCAGCGCAGACCUCCUGGGCGCCGCGAGCGACGGCGCCGCAGCGGCCGGCGUGGUGCGCGUGGACGGCGUGGAGACACGGGCGCUCAAGGCUCUGCUCCGCUACGCCUACACCGACUCGCUGCCGGAGAUGGACAGGGAAGAGGAAGACGCCAUUCUCCGGAACGUCGCGGCGGACAGGUACAGCCUGCAGAGGCUGAAACUGAUCUGCGAGGACAGGCUGUGCAGACUCGUUAGUGUAGGCACGGUGGAGAUCACCCUUGCGCUAGCUGAGCAGCACAACUGCGACAGGCUGAAGGAGGCGUGCCUGCAGUUCCUCGGUGCUCCGGCGAAUUUGCGGGCAGCCAUGGGCGCUCGUGGCCAGUAGCGGCCGACUGCAUAUGCUUUUCACUGAUAAGGAUCUAACACUUUAACACCGAUGCCGGAAUCGCAGUCAAGUGAUGCUCAGUGAGUUUGCGUUUGUGGAUCAUGGUUCCUGCACUUCUCAUUGUCUUACAUUACCUGCUAGUGAUUAUCAGGGUGCAUAGCUACUUGGAUCCUAUGCAGAAGCAGAAAUUCCAUCUUGCCUUGGAAGAUAGUUCAUAGUUAGUUGCAGCCCUAUGACUGCCAAUUGAUCAGAAUUCAGAAAUGACUUUGUUACUAUAUAGCUUUGCAGAUUGAAUGCUCACUAGGCAUCUGUGUUUGUUUCAAUGUUUGGGUGGAAGAAGCUGCUUGCCACUUUGCAUAUCUGUUCCUGUUUUCUAGUUGUAAGCUGUCAAGUCUAUGAGACUAUGACUGCAUCUAUCCAACGGAGAUGCAAAACACUGAAAAUGCAAUUGCAUUCACUCAUGCAGGACUCUGUUUCGGUCUCUGUUUUCUUGUUGGUCGCAUCUAUGAAACAGGUAGGAGGGAUACUUGUAUGACUGAUACAGAAGAAGUGCCCUUAAAUAAUACAUCCACAGCUAGCCUUGUCUCUAGACCAACAAGCAAGUAAACAAAGCAAC